AUGCGGGGAAUUGUCGUAUUCAUCUCGCACGGGAUCGCCUUCGUGUAUACGAGCGAGUCGCCGACCGAGCUUUUGCUAGAUACGCGCAUCAUAGGCAACUCAAAGAUAGAAACCGGACAAUGGCUCGAUUGCAAUGCCUAUAAGACAUACGUGGAACGUUUUCGGAAAAUCCAACCCAGCCUCAAAACGGAAGUCAUUGAUGGUAAAGUGCAGGUAGAGACUGUAGUUCGCGUGACCGACACAAUGCUGUUCGACUCAUCUGAUUUUGGAAAAGUUGCUUAUCUUGCUCAAAAGCCGAUGGAAUUAAAAUCUGGACAACUUUAUCGAUGUAUGGUGACAAGAGACAUCGAAGGAUAUAGUGAAACUUAUGCUAACCUCAGCGUCAAAUGGCAUAUUUUGCCAAACACUCUCUUCCCUGCAAACAAAGAUAUGCCAAAUGUUCAAACGGGUCAAAAGGCCUCAAUUUGGGCUGACAUGCGAAACGGAAAUACUACUGUACAAGAUGUCUCUUCUCAGCAUCCAUUUGCACCAAGCCAAACCUCCGUGCUUUUGGGCGUCGUUAUUGGCCAGCGCGGAAGUCGAUACAUUAUUUAUACGAGAGCUGGAUUUGUUACAAUGACUGAAAGAUGGAAGCGCGAAAAUGUUGAGGCGCCUAAGGUUGGCGACUGGAUCCAAUUUAAAUCAAAGGAAAUCGAGCCAAAGAAACGUGUGGUUGAUAGUAACUCGUUUCGCCAAGUGCCGCCACUGUACAUCACGACCAUUGAAAAUGGACAAGUCAACUUGAUUGUGCCGGCUUAUGUGAAAAAUGGAAAUAUCUUCACUGAAUUUGUAAAGGAUACGAAUAACAAGGAAUUCAAAAAUGGACGUCUCCGCGAAGCCAAGGUUCUUGUUUGGCCUGAUGAUAAGGGACGUUACCGCUGGAAGUUAGCUGAAAAGCAAAACUACCUGUUGCUUCGGGAAGCAAAGAAUGAUAAAACUGAUUUUACAAAAGACGUGGUGGUGACUUUUGAGCAAAAAAUGGAAAAC